GAUCGUCUGCCAGUUCAGCAAAAGUUUGCUUCGGGUUCCUUCUGCCCAAGAUCUACGAAUUUGCAUCGAGCCACCCGUAUUUGCACCAAUUGAACUAAUUCUUACACGUCGACCGACCCACCACCAUGUUCUACAUCAUGUAUCUCACAGGUCUUUGCAACCGCCGCCACUGGCCUGACCCACUCUUUCAGACGUACCGCACUCGUCACGGAUAUGGAUGUACUGUGCGGGUCAACAACCGGGAAUACAGUACGGAUGUGGAGUACGAGUCGGACGAAUUGGCGAAGAACGCAGCUGCUACUCGGGCCUACAUGAUCUGCCGCAACUUCUCCGUCAACGAUGGGAUGUAUCCUGGUCAGCGUCCUGGCCAGGGAGGCGUUAUUCAGGGGCUUCCGGUAGCGAUUGGUACAGGCCGGAGAAACACUUGCUCGUCUAAUGACUACGAUAGUGCUAGCAGUACUAGCGGCGGAACUAGCCCCAGGAACAGCGACUGUGGUCUUGAUUCUGAACCGAAAGCUCGAAGGUCUAGCAAGUCCUCCCCCCAAUCUACCUCAAACUGCUAUUGCGGCCGCGACACCGUUCGGGCUUACGAGAGGUGCACCUACUGUCUCCGAGAGGCAGGCUACCGUUGUUAGACGUUUAUUUACCUGCACUGGCGUCAUCCAUUAUCAUAUUUUUUCCAAGGAAAAGGCUGAAAAUGAUACCUUAACGAAGCAAAAGACUUGACGAGCUCAGGCUCAGCGAUACCACAAAUAUUACGACCUGCAUCACGAUAGCAACGACAUGAUGAAUGAUUUACAUGAAUUUAUUUCAGCCUCCGUAUUCCUUUUCAUGUUGGUUCAGUUCCGAUACUUCAUCUCUUC